AUGCAAUAUUCAGUUACAUUCAAUGAUACCAAGAGAAGAAGUGUUAAACCUGGAUUCCGAAUUCCAAAUACGAUUUCUGUAAUAGUUGCAGUUGCAUGUGCUUUAUUCUCAAUGAGUGUUGAUUGUCAUCUCACUUUGAAACACUUCAGCAAAGAAACUUCACUCACUACAUCAACUAGACAAAUCCAUCAUUCCCGGGCACCUAGCGAUGUCACACGGAAGCGAGAGAGUGGUGUGUGGGGGGAGGCACAGAGCUCGAAAGCGGCCGAUGUUCGAGGGAAUGUGCGGGACGCUGUGCGAGACGAUACACGAGAUGCAUUGCGAGCUGAUGCGCGAGGCAAUGCACGGGGCAAUGUGUCAGCUGGUACACUGUCCGACGUACGGGGCGAAGUGGAAGGUAAUGUGCCGAUCAAAGCACAGGGUGGUAAGAAAGGAUAUGUGCGAAGUGAUAUUCAGGGCGAUGGUAUUCGGGGUGUUGCACAGAACGAUGAGUGGAUUGGGACAAGGCGCAGUGUGCAGGGGAACGCACGGGUUGACAGACAAGAUGUAGGUGGUCAUAAACGGGGCGAUGAAGGGAGGAUUGAGUGGGCUGAUGUCCGGGGCGAUGUGCAGGACAAAGUGCGAAACGAUGCACGGGAUGAACGGGGCGAUGUACGGCGCGAUGUAAGAGCCAAUGUGUGGGCAGGUGUGCGGGGCGGUGUGCGGGACGAUGCACAGAGUGAUCUGCAAGACGAUGUGUAUGCCGACUCUCGAGGAGAUGACUGGGCCAAUGCACAAGACGGUGAGUGGGAUAGAUUUCAGAACAAUAGGCAGGGCUAUAACCAGGCUGAUGCCCGGAAUAUGUGGGCUAAUGUACGGGGUGACAUGCAUGGCAAUGACCGAAGCGAUGCUCGAAACGUUGAAUGGCCUAGCGAUCAAAGCGAAACACUGGGCAAUAUGCUAGGGAAUCUGCCGACUGAAGUACGGGGUAAUAAGCAAAUGUUUGUGCGGGGAGAAACUCGGGGCGGUGUUUGGAACGUUGAACGGGAAAAUCUGUGGGAAUUAGUAAGAAGUGUUGUGCGGGGUAAUGCAUGGGGUGAUGUGCGGCGCGGUGCAAGAGGCAAUGUGCGGGCUGGUGUACGAGGUGAUGUACGGGGCAAGGCACAGGAUGAUGGGCAAGACGCUAUGCGGGUCGACACUCGGGGCGACCACGUAGGGGACAAUAGGUGGGGGAUGGAGGUGCGGGGCGAUGGUCAGGGUGGUGCACGGGACAAUGUAAGGAACAGUGUACGGGAUGUCAUGCGGGGUGAUGCGCAGAACAAUGAACGGGCUAGCGUAUGGGAUAGUACGUGGGGUGAUGCACGGCGCAAUUUAAGAGCUACCGUAAAGGGUGAUAGGCGGGAUGAUGCACCAAACAAUGUGCGGGAUAGUGUACGGGGUGAUGUGCAGGCCGAUGACCAGGGCGAUGCACGAAACGAUCUACACAUGUAUCAACAACACUACCUCUUACAGCUGAAUUCUGCAGCGCCAGUAGUUAUGGCUGUCUCCAAAAAGGCCCGUUGGGGGAAUCUUGGUAAAAAUCCUUUUACUCAGGAAGUUCCCCGCUCGGAUCCCCUGCCUCUAUGGUCUUUGCCAAUCCGUGUGUUCGGGCCACUAAUCUGGGCUGGUUUGUUGGGGGCCGCGUUCUCGUACGCGUUGGCGUGGCGCGUGGUGGCGGGCGAGUCGCUGGGCGCCUGCGCCGCCGCCGCGCUGCGCGCCUUCUCCUCGUGCGGGGGCGCCCCGCAGGACAGGGUGCGUGUCACGCCGCAGCGCCUGCAACUGGCCGCCGCGCUGCUGGCAUCAGGGAUCGUUGUCAUUGCUGUUUAUCAAGGUAGACUCUUCACCCUGAUCACCAACCCAGAACACUACGCAGAGAUCGACACCUUCAAUCAGCUAGCUGACAGUGGUCUGCCUGUAUUUGGACCAAUCGUUUUCUCCGUUCCACAUUUGCUGGAAUCAGAAGGGGGCAACCCACAGCUUCUGGAAACCGUUAAGCGCCUUUCCAAGCUUAAGAGCGAAGUCGCUCAAACCAACGACAUCGCGAUAAUGGUAACGGAAGGCAAGCGACUGGCGUGGUUGGAACCAAAGCACGCAUGGGAUUUGUACUCCAAAGUAGUGUGGCUCAACCAACGAAUGCGACCUAUGAGGGAUGGAUUUGGAUUCACAAUGAACGCCGUUCAUGCUCGCCCGUAA